AUGGAAUGCGGACGUGAGACACAUCGAAUCCACGAAUCAGAGACCUUGGCAAAACCAGACAGCCUCGGUUUCUUUAUACCCGUCGGAAUAGUGAAAUGUGAGCGUGUGAAGUGGAUUCGAUCACUCGCGCGUGAUCGAAAAAGUUGCUUGGAAUCCUUCUUGUAUCAGGUAAAGGACUUUACUAUAGCUAAAGAAGAAGAAGAUAUCUGA